AAACCCGAUCCAAAUAUACAUCAAAAUUGCCAUCGCCACGUCGACAACAGACCGAUAAAUUAUUUUACAGCAGGGCGUGAACGAUUUAAAAUGUUUAGUUGACAACGUUUUGUUGGACAACGUUUUUUUUUGAAGGAAGCAAAGCUUUAUUUCACCAAAAACUAUUUUUAAAUCGCUAUUUUGAAUAGCAUAGAUUUGAAAUUUGGUUUGUGAAUAUUUUUUGCUGUCGGUUUCGAUUUCUAAGUGGUCACAUUUACGUGUGAUAAAGUUUGUUCUGUCGUCGAACUAGGCUCAAGAAUGAAGAUUAAGGAGAUCGAUCGGACAGCCAACGUGGCCUGGUCCCCAGUGGAAGUGGACCCGGUCUACCUUGCCGUGGGGACAGCUGCUCAACAACUGGAUAGCUCCUUUAGCACCAACGCUACGUUGGAGUUGUAUCAAUUUGACACCAACCAAAGCGGUCUAGACCUUCCGGUGAAAGCUACUUUGCCAUGUGAAAACCGAUUUCAUAAACUGAUUUGGGGAUCACAUGGAAUAUCCGGCGAUAAGGGAGAGCAUCCUAUGGGAAUUAUUGUGGGAGGUUGUGACGGUGGAGUUAUGCAAGUUUAUGAUGCGGCAAAAGUAUUGAAGAAUGAUAAUCCGUUAGUCUUGACAAAGACGAAACAUACCGGAGCUGUGAGAGCGUUGGAUUUUAAUCCUUUCCGGUCUAACUUGGUUGCUUCUGGAGCGUCAGAAUCGGAAAUUUUUAUUUGGGAUCUCACGAAUCCAAAAACUCCAAUGACGCCUGGGACUAAAGUGCAACCUGCAGAUGAUGUGUCCCAUUUAGCUUGGAAUAAGCAAGUGGAGCACAUUUUGGCAUCGACAUUUUCGACCAGGUGUGUCGUGUGGGAUUUAAGGAAAAAUGAGCCAGUGAUUAAAGUCUCUGAUACAACUUCAAGGAUUCGGUACAAAGUUGUAGAGUGGCAUCCAGAAGUAGCCACACAAAUGUGCCUUGCCUCAGAGGAUGAUAACAAUCCUGUUAUUCAACUGUGGGAUCUUCGUUACGCAACUGCCCCCUUGAAAGUUAUACAGGGACACCAAAGAGGAAUUUUGGGAAUGGCAUGGUGUUCACAAGAUUCUGACUUGUUGUUAACGUGUGGGAAAGAGGCACGGAUAUUGUGUUGGAACCCAAACUUUCCUCACCCAGGAUACGAGAUGGUGUGCGAUAUUCCAACAUCUUCUCAGUACAGUUUUGAUGUGAGCUUCUGUCCGAAGAACCCAGUUGUAAUUGCUUCAUCCAGUUACGACGGUCGAGUUAGUAUAUUUGGACUUUCUGGAGGGGUUCAACAUCCAGUAACUUCUUCCAAACUUGCGGAUAGUUUUCCGGGUAUGGAUAUGACACUGUCAGCACCUUUGCCUUCUCAGCAACCAGCAUUCCUUCAGUUACGAGAUGCUCCUAAAUGGCUGAAAAGACCAUGUGGGGCUUCAUUUGGAUUUGGUGGGAAGCUAGUUUCAUUCACAAAUACCAAAGUGGCUCCGACUCAGCCAGGUCAAGCACCAACGGUGACCAGCGUGGUAUCCGUCCUUCAACUUGUAACCCUUCCGAAUUUGAUUGAACGCUCAAAGAAAUUGGAGGAUACCUUGCAAUCUGGAUCGCUGGAAUCUUAUUGUGCUCAAAAGGCUGCUGAAUCCAGUGAUUCGAGCGAAGCCCAAAUAUGGGACUUUUUGCAAGCAAACUUUUCACAACAUCCUCGUCAAGAAUAUUUAUCAAAACUUGGAUUUAAUGCUUCCGAAAUUAUGGCCAAGCUGGGCAGUAAGGUGUCUGAUUCAACAAUGAAUGGCGUGGUUGACGAGUUCGAAGCUCUUGGAAGAGGAGCUCCUGAUGGUUAUGCAAAUGGCUACGAAUUUGGAUCUGGAGGAGGUUCCAUUGCAAAGCCAGAAAAAGAGUUAGAAGUUCCUACCGAUGAUAACUCUGUCGAUGGAAAGAUAAAUCAAGCUUUACUAUGUGGAAAUAUUGAUGUAGCUGUAAAUCUGUGCGUCGAGGAUGAACGUUGGGCUGAUGCACUACUACUUGCGUCCAAAGCAACCCCCGAAACGUUGAUGAAAGUUCAGAAUAAGUAUUUCGAAAAAUGUCAAAGUGAAGCCACUCAAAUGAUACGAGCUGUAGUUACUCAUGAUUUAGCCAAACUUGUUGAUCGGUGCUCGCUUGACAGUUGGAAACAAGUUCUCGCAGUUGUUACAACUUAUGCAGAUAACAAAGAGUUUCCUAUUUUAGCUGACAUGUUGGGACAACGCCUUCAAAGUAGCCAAGUAGAAAGCCAGAAGCUGGGUGCCUUGCUUUGCUGCAUAUGUUCUGGAAAUCUGAACCAUUUGGUGGAUGUCUGGAUAAGUGAUUCGGAUAAGCAUCGUGGCAAUACGCCUGAUGAAUUACAGGAUCUAGUUGAGCAAAUCAUGAUUUUGAAGAAGGCCGGAGAAAUGUGGGGACGUGAAAAUAACGUUGAUGGAGGAUCAGUAGCAUCGAAACUUAUUCAAUAUUCUGGAUUACUGGCAUCUCAAGGAUGUCUGGAGCUGGCUUUGAGUUUCUUGGGAGAAUGCAAUGAUCCAGAAGUUGAAUUAUUCAAGGAGAGACUUUAUCUCUCCCUUCGAUCCCCUCGUCCCAUAAAGACUCAACGUCAAACUAGGAGCCGACAAACUUCGGAAUCUUCAAUGCGAAGCUCAUUUACGAAACGACCAGCAUACCCCAACACGAAUUUGGGAUCUUCACGCCCAGUUUUCAGUAGUUCUGAGUUUGACAAUUUGACAGGACCAGUUCAUCCCCCACAGCCAUCAUAUUUGUCAAACAAUCCACAACAGUCUGCUUAUGGAAAUGUGUACGUUAAUCCUAACGUUCCUCCAACCGUUGGACAAUAUUCGCCUCCCUCGGCCUCCUCACAAUAUGGAAGUGCAUCAGUUGGAUUGCCUCCAAGGGUACCAUCAUCUACGAUGACUGGAUCAAUUUACACUCCAGCUGAAGUUCCCAGGAGUUCUAUGAUGCCCCCUGCAAAGGAACCACCACCGGCAAGAACGCCUUUAGGUAGUUCCCUCCCACAUCCCCCCGUGUCUAGUGCGGCUCAUGGCUGGAAUGAUCCUCCUCCAAUGAAAACAUCGAAUAAACCAAAGCCGACGCCAACUACUCUAGCAUCUACUAUUCAACCAAUAACUCAUCCGAUAUUUGGCAGUGCUGCUCCACCAGAGCCAUCGAAUCCAUAUGGAAAUUCUCCAAUGAUGCCACCUCCGCCACAGCAACAGACAAUAUACAGUCCAUCAUCAACCUCGUAUGGACAAUCAUCAAAUAGUGGAUAUCCGCCACAACAGUCUAGUAAUUUCGGUCCGCCACCCUCUCAAAUGGGUCCACCACCAACCAUGUCACAAAGUCCCUAUUACUCUUCCGGUCAAAGUUCAUUUGGUCAACCCCCACCAACAUCACAACAGCAACCGUUUGGUCAAGCACCACCAACAUCACAGCAAUCAUUUGGACCACCACCAACAUCACAGCAAUCCUUUGGACCACCACCAACAUCGCAACAGCAACCAUUUGGUCAACCACCACCAACAUCACAGCAAUCAUUUGGACCACCACCAACAUCGCAACAGCAACCGUUUGGUCAAGCACCACCAACAUCACAGCAAUCAUUUGGACCACCACCAACAUCGCAACAGCAACCGUUUGGUCAGCCACCACCGACAUCGCAAAGUCCAUUUGGAAAACCAUCUGCUCCACAAGUCGCUUUUCCUCCUCCUCCUCUUCAUACAGGCCAAGUAGGGUAUAGACCGUCGACCCCAGUGCAGAGUGCGUUUGCUUCUCCUCCUACCGCACAGACUUUGGGUGGACCCCCAUUAACUAAGCCGAUGAUGCCACCACCACCAGGCCCUGGGGGAUUUUCUGCCCCCGCACCAAUGGACGCACCAAUUUUAAGGCCUCCAUCACAAACAGGUCCGCCGCCAUCAAUGAAUUAUUUUGGGGCUGCUCCAGUGGAACCGCCACCACCACAGUUUAGUAAUAAUAAUGCUGUCUCCAACUCGUCUCCAUUUGCGCCACCAUCUUUCAAUACAUUCAACCCUACACAGAAUCAGCAAUUCAAUCCACUUCCCUCUAACUCAAGUAAUGUAGCGUCGACUACACCCCCGUUCGUGCCAAAUCCAGCUUCUACUUUUCAACCAAUUAAUCCACCAGCUCCAACACCACCCCCACCAGCAAAAGUAGCUGAACCCCCCAAACCACUUGGCCCAAUUCCCCCUGAGCACGCAACGCUUGUGGAUACUUUAGAAAAACUACGUUCAGAAUGUUACGAUGUUGCACAUUUGAUUCAAAUGAAACGGAAAUUGGAAGAUGUUGCCCGAAAGUUGGACGCAUUUUCAGAAAAGCUCAGAAAUGGUUCCUUGACCGAAUCUACGCUAACUACUUUACAUUCUUUGGUAGAUGCCAUUCGUACCAAAGAUUAUCAACAAGCGCUGCAAAUUCACACGCAGCUAGUAAGUGCUGGAAACUUUGCAGAAAUUUCUACUUUCCUUCCAGCUAUCAAAGUUUUGAUUCAAAGUGCUACCCAAUUAUCUGUUUAAAGACCAUGAAUGACAAUCACUGUAAUCUUACAUAUGUAGUUACAUAUUAUUAAAAUAAUCUUGCGUUCUUGUACCAAAUUGGAGUGAUAUCUUGCAUAUUUUGUUUACUAAAAGUAACUUAUUCUACUGAAUGUUUGCAAAUUCUAUAUGCUAACAAUUCUACUUGUUCAGGUUUAUAUUAUGCUUUCGUCUCUUGUAUAUUUAUUUUAAGCUAGCGUAAAAUAUCCCGAUCUAAUACCAAAACACUAAAAAAUAACUAGAACCCGUGUGAUUCUUCCAAUUAUAUCAAACUCUAUCUUAAUAUGCAUAGGCCAACAAUCUCUCAAUUUAGCGAUGUAAUAUUUAACCAAAACACUUGAAAUUAUUAUAUGUAUAUCUAUUGGUAGUGAAAUUAAAGACACGUGUGUAUGGCUUUAUAAAAUGUUUCCAGAAAAUAAAGCUUAAUUUCAGA